AGAGUCCGCCUUUAGGGUAUAAAAGAGCAGUAGGCAGAAGUCGUGAACAGAACAUUUCAGGAGACUGCAGACAUGUUCAGGUUUCUUGUGUUGACCUCUCUCGCAGCCCUCGUGCUGGCUGAGCUGGAGCCCCAGCCCAGGUUCCUGGAGGAUGACAGUGUUGAGAGAGUUGUGGGAGGUGAAGUGGCCAAACCCAACUCCUGGCCUUGGCAGAUCUCUCUUCAGUACAAAUCUGGCAGCAACUUCUACCACACUUGCGGAGGUACCCUGAUCAGGAGAGGAUGGGUUAUGACCGCUGCUCACUGUGUGGACAGGUCCAGGACUUGGCGUGUUGUUCUUGGAGAGCACAACAUCAACUCCCACGAGGGCAAAGAGCAGUACAUGAGCGUGAGCCGUGUCUACCUCCACCCCAACUGGAACUCCGCCAAUGUUGCUGGAGGGUGGGACAUUGCUCUCCUGCGUCUGUCCUCUGAUGCUUUUCUCAACAACAACGUCCAGCUUGGAGCUCUGCCUCCUUCUGGUCAGGUUCUGCCCCACAACAACCCCUGCUACAUCACUGGAUGGGGUCGCACCCAGACUGGAGGUCAGCUGUCUGCCCAGCUGAAGCAGGCCUACCUGCCUGUUGUUGACCACAAGACCUGCUCCAGCUAUGGAUGGUGGGGCAGCACUGUGAAGAACUCCAUGGUCUGUGCUGGUGGUGGCAGCGAGUCUGGUUGCCAGGGUGACUCUGGCGGCCCCCUGAACUGCAGCGUCAAUGGCCGGUGGGUUGUCCAUGGUGUGACCAGCUUUGUGUCCUCCUCUGGCUGCAAUGCUUACAGGAAGCCAACCGUCUUUACCCGUGUGUCUGCCUACAUCAGCUGGAUGAACGGAAUCAUGGGUUGAGAAGAAGGAUGAUCUCCAUGGAGACGAGCAAACACUCUGAAUUCAACUUAAAUUUCUGUCCAUCUCCAUCAGAAUAAAAUAACCUAUAAUGUA